UUGAUUCAAGGAAAAAGAUAAAGCCGGCUGAUCUUUCUCCUCGACUCGCUAACUGUCUGAUGAACCAAAAUCGAGAGACCUGCAUGCGACGGAGGAUCGUCGCGGGAAACCCUUCACGCGGACUCCUACUUUUGAUAUUACCGACAGUUAUUAAAGUUUGUUUUUAAGAGGUCUGGAUUAAAACAUGACAAGUGUUCCUCGAAUUGUGAGCAUUUUCUCCAUAUUUAUUAUGGCCAUGACAACUUACGUUCUGGCAGACAGUGAAUGCCCGGAUGACAGUAACACAACGCCCCGUGACUCAGCAGGAUGCCCGAUUGGAGACAUAACGGUUGCAAUGUUCCUUUCUCCUCCGUACCUUCUGGAGAAAGACGGAAGCGACAACGGAACUCAAGGAUAUCCUUAUGGCAUUGUUUUCGACUACAUUGUCGAUACUUUGUUUGGAUGCUGCCAUGGGAAGACGGAAUUAGUCACGACAAAUGACGAUAUAUUGAAAUCUGACAUAAUCUUUCCUGUCAGUGAGAGCGAUGAAACCAAUCUAACUUUCUCAAAUGUUUCUUAUACCUUCUAUGAUAUCGUCAAGGUGGAUGGUUUUGUGCUCAUUGGCCUCAUUGAUCAGUACAACGCCAAAGCAAGAGGCUUGGUGUUGAGGUCUUUGUACGACUCUUGGCCAAUUUUUGCGUUAACCUUUCUACUCACUGGAAUAGCCGGAAUUUUCAUCUGGGCGCUGGAAUACUACGUGAAAAACGAAGAAUUUUCUUUGUCCUUUACAAGAGGUUCUUAUGAUGGAUUUUGGUGGGCUUUCAUCAGCAUGACAACUGUUGGAUACGGAGACAAAAGUCCAAGAUCGUUUUUUGGUCGUUUGUUUGGUGUGUUCUGGAUUCUCAUUGGCUUAGUCGUAAUCACCAUGUUUACCGCUACUGUGACGUCAGCUCUCACUCACAGCUCCUCGCCGGACUUUAUCAAUGCACUGGAGGGGUUAAAGGUGGCCGUGCUUAAUGGCAGUUUUGCUGAGGCCGAGGCAACCUACCUGGGAGCAAUAUCCAGUCCGUACCCUGAAUUUGAAGACAUGCAUGCUGCUAUGGUUAAAGAAGAGGUAGAGGGCUUGUUCAUGGAGAGACUCCAAGCUUACUACUUUUACAAAGAUAAAAACGUCUACGAUGGUGACAAUUUGCGAGUGUUUCACACAGUCCCUACAAAAAUUUCGCACAAGAUGGCCUUCAAACAAGACACAACAUGCCAGUUAAUUGAGAAUAACUACUGCUUCAAACGUCGCUUGGAAAAUCCUUUAAUCAGUUCGUACGUUAGGAAUUAUACAACACCGUUAAAGGCUUUUAACCCAUCGGUGGAUACAGUUGGUCUUUUGUCAGGCAAUUCAAAAGGAACAAGUACUUUGUUACUCAGCCUGAUGGGUGUGUUCUUCGGUUUGUGUGUUCUCGGCGUCUCGGUAGAGUUGUUCUUAUGGAAAUCUGCAAGGCGGUGCACUAAGCCUGUUCCCUUUCAGACUAAACGUGAAAGAACGCCGUCUGAUGUAAAUUCAUUUCACCUGAACACGGUUUUAUUGCAACUUAGAGGCUUCGAGGAGAAUCUGGAAAAGCUUUCCAACCAAAUACAGACAAUGAAAGAAAAUCUGACAGGUGCAACAAGGAAGACGACCCAAGAAAACGUGAAGCUUACGGAAUUCAACUAAUUAUUACUUCAGUGUAGUCAAGGCUCGAUUAUCCUGACUGGUGGGACUGGGCUAAGCAUUCCGGAAAAUAUGAAUAUUAAUGAUCCAAAAAUAAUUCUGAAUACGUAUAAUUUAAUUAAUAUGUUUGACACAUACGGAUAUCGAUCAUACUUAAGUCUGCCGGUCGCGUGAUUUAUGCUAUGAUAUUUAAACCCUGACCUAAAUAAAGGAAGUAUUGUUUACCACUGGAUUUAAAAAAAAAAAAUCUUACACCUGACGCAAAAAGAAACGCAUGACAUGCGUAGCAGUCAAUAAAAUAAAAAGUUAAUUUUAUUUCAUUUUUAUCGAUCGACGAAAGGGUAACUGUCGAUAUACUGCCAUCCCAUCAUGCAAGGCCGAUCGAAGUAGCAAUACCCCCAGCUGUUCCAUGUUACGAAAAGUUAUGUGAACGACUUUGGAUACAUGAAAAUCAUAUAUUUGAACUGUGGUUAAUAAAUGAAGACGAGAGUGAUCUUCGCUGUAAUAAUAAACACUACUUUAGUAGUAGUGAAAAUGAAGUCUGAAGUCUGGCUGACCUUUUCAGCUUUAUCUUCAUGACUGUUUAAUUAGUAUUCAUUACGGCGAAGAUCACUCGGAUCUUUUAAAAGCGAUAUAUCUCACAGAAAUUAUGGGUGACGAUUAAAGACUUUUAUGGACUUGAAAAAUAACAGAAAUCAUAAUAAACAUGAACAGGUUUGUAUUUUAGAUACUAACGCCAAUUGAGCAUAUAUCCUAAAGCUGAAAAAGUUCUCGCAAAUAAAGUAAUUGGUCCUGGUGUUUGUAAAAUACAUUCAGUUGACUCUGCUAGAAAUAAUUGUUGUAAAUAAGUAUGGCUUGAAGACAUUUGAUUGGUUUAUAUGAAGCCUUCUGAUAAAAUUAUAGAAAUUAAGUAGUAAACGAUAACGAUAUGAUUAUCACCAUACGUCAUUUGACAUAAACAGCUUACAUGGUUAAACAUUUGAAAAAGUUACAAUUUCGUGAAAGUAAGGUCAUUUUUAGGUUCAUACAAUUUGAAUUAAAGGAAUGAAAAGUUAAAAAAAAAAUUCUAAACAGUUUAAAGAUGUGUUUUAUGUGAUCUUAUUUACUUUGUUAAAUAUUUCAUAAUCAAUUUACCGCCCUGGUGGAAUUGUAGAAGAAUUGUGGUAUUGAAUGACGUGCCGAAUCUCA